AAAAAAAUUUUUUUUCUGUAUAAAUCAAUUUCCUUAAUAUUAAAAAAAUUAAUUUUCUCCUAUAUGAUAAUAAUAAUAAUAAUAGUUUUGAAAAGGAAAAAUUAGCAAUAAUAAAUAUAAUUUGUUUUAUAAAUAUUUUUUUUAUGUAUAUGUAUUUUGUUUUUUUAUAUAUAUUUUGUUUUUUUUUUUUUUGUAUGUAUAUUUAUAUGUAUAUUUAUGUACAAUACAAUUUUUCGUAGCUAAUUUCUUUCCAUUAAUACUUUAAUUUACUGUUUCAAUCUAAGUGAGACGCAUCGCAUCCGUUGAUAGGAACGUGUAUAUUUGAUAAAAACUAGCAUUCUAUUUAAGAAAUGAUAUAAUUCUAGAUUCAAAGUGGAAUGAAAAUAAAUUCUUCAGAAAGAAAUUAUCUACAAAAAUUAAUUCCAAAUAAAUUAUUAAGUAAGUUGAUAAAUAAUAAAUUAAAUUUUUAUAAUUUUUUUAAUUAGUAUAAAUUUUACAAAAAAUAAUGUUAAUUUUUUAAUAAAAAAUAUUUAUUCAGUUUUAAUAAUUUUUCAAAUAUAUAUUCAGUCAACAUUUUCAGAAAAAAAUUCAUUUUUGUCCAUUUAUCGAUUUCAGAUAAAGGUUAAUCAAAUAUAUUAUAUUUGAAUAUUUCGUCAUAUUUGACAAUUUCUAAAAAAAAAUUAUACUUUAUUAAAUUAAAACAAAUUAUAUAAAAUUAUAAUUAUAAAAAAAUGAGAUUGCAUCAUAAAGAUUACGAUGAUAUGUUUUUUGCUCUAAAAUAUAUUAUAACAUAUUAAAUUUUUAAUUUAAACUUUAAAUAUUUCUAUUAAACUUUGAAAAUUUUUAAAUUUUUAUUAAUAAAAAUUAUUUACUUCUUAUUUUUAUUUUUUAAAAUUAUUUUUUUCCUUUUUUUUAUUUUUUGAAGUUUAUUCAAAUGAAUUUUGAAUAAACUUCAAUUAAUAAAAGAAGAAAAAAAACAAUUUUUUGAAUGAUUUUUUUAUUUUAUUGAAUAUUUAAGAAGUUAUUAUUACAUGACAUACAAAUUUAUAAUUCGUCAAACUUGUCUGAAACAAAUUUCUCAAGAUUUCCAUCAAGAUUAUUUUCGUUAAUAAAAUGUUUUUAGUUAUAAAUAUUACUUUAACUUUUCAUAGUGCCCUCGAGACAAAAGAGAUUAUUCAGAGGAAAAAACAAAAAAAAAUGAGAAAUAAGCUAUCAAUCAAAUACAGGUUUUAUAUAAAUAUUCUGGUAAAAAAUAUCGCGAUACUUAUUUUUGACAGUAUGUAAUUAAUUAAUUAUUUAACUAAUUAAAUGAUUUUAAUAUUAAUGAUUUUAUUUUUCUAAAAUUAAAAUAACUUUUUUAAAGAUUAACAAAGAUUGAUGUUCAUAAUUAUUGUAAAACUUUGUUUUUACAAAAAACUUUUUAAUUUUAGAUUUAAUUUAGUUUUCUAAAUUAAACAUAAAAGUUUUUUUGAAAUAAUAUAGUGGCUAUUGAUAUUUUAAUUAUCAAGCAAUUAUAUAUAAAAUUUGUGAAUAUUAUGAAUAAUUGUAUAUUUAAAUAUAAUAUAUUAUUGGUAAGUUAUUAAAUGAUUUAAUUUCAUAAUUAUUUUUGUUUAAUUUAUUAUCAAAACAACUUUAUUUUAUAUCAAACUCAAAUAAAUGCUCAAAUAAUUAUUUAUAUUAAUUAAUUCUUUUAAAUAGAGUAAUAAAUAUAUUAUGAUAUUAAAUAAAUUUUAUAUAUCUAUAUUUAUUUGAGUAAUGAAAAAUAAAUUUAGAUAUUAUUUUAUUAUUUUGAAAAGUAACAGUAUUUUCUUUCAGAAUAGUUUUUAUUUUAAUUUACUACUGAUUGGCAUAAUACAGAAAUUAUUUGAAAAACUAUUUCAGAAGAUAUUAUUUUAAAAUAAUCACAAAAUUAUUAAUUCAAAUAUAUGUAAUAUUAAAUAUAUAUAUUCUAAUAUGAAUAUUAUAUCAAAUAUUAAAUAUUUUUCAAAUAUUUUACUUCUAAUUAAUAUUCAAAUCGGAUAUUUAUGAACGUUAGUACAUUCGAAGGAUAAAAGAUGGAUCGAAGUGAGAAUGGUGCAAGUAUUCCUCGCAAGGGAAUGUUUUAAAUGCCAUCGAACGUAUUAUUGAUUAUUCGUCUCGUUUCCCUUCCAUGUCUCUCUUGUUCUUGCUCUUUCUAGCAGCCCCCUUCUACAUUUUCGAAGUCUCCCACCUCAGCAUCGGUCGACAUCGCUAUAGACAAAGCUAGUUUAAAGGCCGGUGGCCGGUUUGAAAGCGUACCAGAAAGAUCAUGCGGUGCUCUCUGUUUACUUCGAGCUCCUCCAUCGCGGCCAUACUCCUCGUCGCGUUCCUCGGUAAUAGUGACUCGGUGGCCGGCAAUGCACCAACAAACAGAUUAAAUGUUGACGUUUAUUAUGAAUCGCUGUGUCCAGAUAGCAUACGAUGGAUCAAGCAACAACUAUUGCCUCAAUACGAUAUACUAAAGGAUUACAUCAGCGUUUCUUUCAUUCCCUAUGGGAAAGCAACAUACUGGCAAGAUCCUAAUUCUCAAAAAUGGCACUUCUCGUGUCAACAUGGAAUAGACGAGUGCAAUGGGAAUAAGGCUCAGGCAUGCGGUAUUCAUGCGAUACAGAACAACGAAUCGGCUGAUAAAAUUCAACAACUUACCGUGAGUUUGAUUGGUUGUGCAAUGACGUCGCGAUUCCCACCAUCUUCUGUUCUAGAGUGCGCCGAAAAAGAAGGAUUAAACGAACAAACACAAGCGAACAUUAACGAAUGUAUUAACAGCUCUCUAUCCAAUGAAUUAUUGGUUGAGUAUGGCAAAAAAACGCAAGAGUUGAAACCCGAUCUCUCUUUUGUUCCAACGAUCACAAUCAAUGGAGUGAAUUCAAGAGAGAUACAAAGCGCUGCACAAAAUAAUUUCUUUAAAUUAAUUUGCGACUCUUUGGAUGGAACGAAACCGUCUCAAUGCAGUGCUUGCAAAUAAUCAUUACUUAAUCCUUUUGCUACUAAAAGAUCUUUGUAGUGAGUGGAUCACCUUUUUAUACAAACUGCAAUAUGUCUAUAAUCCACGAGAAGGAUUAUAUAUAGUAAGUUAAUGACAAAUUCAAUAUGGAAAAGAGAAUUCUAAUUCUUACUCGUGAAAAUAAACUUCUUGAUUUUUUGCAAUGAUAUUGUAUUUUGUAUAAGCUACGUAUUUUGUUAAACAUUUAUGCAAUGAUUAUGACAUGUGAGAAAAUUAUUAAUAAAAUUGAUUUAUGUGGAAAGUUAUGUAUUGGAAAAAUAUAUAUCUAUUAUAUUAAGAAA